GACGAAGGACAAAGAACAUCCCUAUCCCUGAUGAAGAUUCUUUCCCGUCACUUCUGCCUUCCACUUCUCGCUACGACUGUACCAUCCGACCAUGACAGCUGAACAUAUUACUCGCCGUUGUAGUGGACUGCCUUUACUGCUAUCGCUCCCUUUGUCGGUCUUGAUGGCAGCAACGCUAAUAGGAAGACUUCCAAAAGCUUGCACUGCUCUACUCUUACAAAAUAGAUUUCCUCCUUCCGUCGCUAGAUCAUCAUCUCGAAAGAAAGGAUACCCCUGCUUGUUGGUCCGAACCAUGGCCUCCUCAUCCAAUGAAUCCUCCGACAAAAAGCUUAACUUUGGACCCUGGCUCAUCUCCAAAGAACACGUCUUUCACACUUCGUCCUUAUCGGCUGCGUUUGUCAAUCUAAGGCCUCUUGUUCCAGGCCAUGUCCUGGUUAUGUCUCUUCGCGUGGUGCCCCUUCUGGCUGAUUUAUCUCAAGAAGAAUACACGGAUCUCUGGCUCACGGUGCGAGUGGUUCAGGACAUCUUGAAACAGCAUUAUACAUCCUGUCAAGCCUUCAAUGUGGCCGUGCAAGACGGCCGCGAUGCUGGACAAUCCGUGCCUCAUGUUCAUGUCCAUAUUCUGCCUCGAAAACCAGGAGACUAUGAAAGGAACGAUGAUAUCUAUGACGACAUUCAAAACUGGGCGCCACGGGAUGACUUGCAAGCAAAGGAAAAACCCAAACUCGAUGUGCCAGACGAUGCUGAUCGAAAGGAUCGAACCACAGAUCAAAUGGCGGAUGAAGCCAAAAUCUACAGGACAUUGCUAGCAUCCAAUAAGCUGUGACGGACCGCUACAAUAAUACAUGUACUUUAGAAAUAACGGCAUAAAAGCGACUAUUAAUGCUGCUGCUAGAUCUAACUCGCAGUGUUGGGGUUGGAGCGAUACUGGAAGUUUGUACG